CACAGCUUCCACAACUUCACCUCGCAGAAGGGCCCGCGGGAGCCCAGCGCGCGGCGCUACAUCCUGCAGAUGUACUGCGAGGAGCCCUUCGUGCGCGAGGGCCUGGAGUUCGCGGUGAUCAGGGUGAAGGGCCAGAGCUUCAUGAUGCACCAGAUCCGCAAGAUGGUGGGCCUGGUGGUGGCCAUCGUGAAGGGCUACGCCCCGGAGAGCGUGCUGGAGCGCAGCUGGGGGGACGAGAAGGUGGACGUGCCCAAGGCGCCGGGGCUGGGCCUGGUCCUGGAGCGCGUGCACUUCGAGAAGUACAACCAGCGCUUCGGCAACGACGGGCUGCACGAGCCCCUGGACUGGGCGCAGGAGGAGGCCGAGGUGGCCGCCUUCAAGGAGCAGCACAUCCUCCCGACCAUCGUGAGCACCGAGCGCGGGGAGCGCUCCAUGGCCCAGUGGCUGAGCACGCUGCCCGCCCACGACUUCAGCGCCUCCGCCCUGGCGGCCAGCUCGGGCGCCAAGGUACGGGCUCUGAGCGGGGCGUGGGCACCUGCGUCCGGCACUGCACGCGGCUCCCGUUCUGUGCAUGAGCUGAGGCACAGGGCAGCGGGGCUGGCGCACUGUGCUGAAGGGACAGUGCCCGCGAGCUGUGCCCCCUCACUUGAGAGAAAAAAAAGAUACUGCCACUCUGCCUGGAUCCUGAUGAGCUAA